AUGGAAACAACUCCGCGCCGGCUCCAGCGGGCAUCCGCCGCCUGCGAUUUCUGCAGAAGGAGAAAGUUGGGUUGCGAUAACGCAAAGCCCAAGUGUGAAAACUGCCAGGCUCGGCUGGUACAAUGCACGUAUUCUAAGAGAAUGACACCAGCCAGGCCUUCCAAUGCUCGUAUCCACAAGCUUGAGGAGGAGAAUGCUCGUCUACGUCAGCAACUGCACUCGCAAAGCCCAGAGCAAAUGAGUGAUCACCGUUCUGGCACACCCUUGCCGCUUCAAAACGGGCCAACUACCAGCAACAGUACUGCAGUCUCUGGCUCUCCAGCGACUGCAAUCAAUCGUGCGCAUGAACAACCUCAAUCAAUAGAUAAGAACGUAGUGUCCUUGGCUUAUUCACCAACGACAACCGGGCAACCUGAAGAUCAUGCAUUCCAUGGACCUUCCGCCGGUGCGAUGCAUCCUAGUGCAUCCCAAGCAGCACACAAUCAUACAGACAGUACAGGUUCCUCAGCUGUCAAAAACCAGCUUUUGGCGGAGACAACGCGGCAGCGGCAACUUGAGAAUAUUAAUUUGAGAGCAAGAAAACUAAAUUUUGGAGCAACAGAUCCCAAAUUUGGCUUGGAACUUCUUUCCAACUUCUGGAAUCGCCAGCACUACAUUGGCUCUGUCGUCUACCGAACAGCUUUCAUGCGGGACAUGGCCUGCAACGGGCCCUAUUUCUCUGAACUGCUCCUCAACGCAAUACUCUUCGCUGGCUCAAAACACACCGCAGCCACAUCCACUCUUGGCGAUAUCAGUGACCUUAAUUCGAUAGGCCGUCCAUUCCGUGCAAAGUUUGAACAAAUUCUGCAUGGCUCUGGGUCUCAGAUUUUGCUCAAGAGUGAGAUCACUACAAUACAGGCGCUCUUGGUUGUGGCAGACGCUUUGUUCUCGUGGUGUAAUGAGAGAAGUCUUUCAUGGCACUAUAUGGGUAUUGCAAUUAACAUGAUAGUUGACCUUGGGCUUCACAUCGAUGCUUCAUCCCGAAGAUCAUCAAAGAAGCCUUCUGUUGAAGAUACAGAAAUAGAGCGUCGGGUAUUUUGGGCAGCCUUCACCUUGGACAAAGUCCAGUCCAUUUAUCAAGGUCGUCCCAGUCGACUGCGUGAACAAGACAAUAGUGUUUCGACCAUAUUCCUUGAUGAGUUUGAAGAACUGGAAGACUUCAGCACACAUACGUACUCGGCGCAGCCAACACGCCUCGGCUAUCCGACAUACAGUGUAACCACCUUUGAGCAGCUUUGCAAAUUAAGUACCAUAAUGGAUCGAAUUAUCUGUGCGCUUUAUUCCGAGGGAAGUUCCGCCAAGGGUGCUGAAGAGUUGUGGGAAACUGCUCGUUCACUCCACUGCCAACUCAAAUCGUGGAAAGAUGGCUUGCCUGAGCAUCUGACACUUCAGCUGCAUGAUUCCUCCAACUCUACAAUUCUUCCUCAUACUCUUUCGCUGGCGGCCCUGUGCAUGACCUUGGUUAUCCUGAUACACCGAUCCUUUCUCUCAGAGGGGCAUCUCGCAUCUGUUUCGGCGACCGCAGCGCCUGAAGCCUUCUCCAACUGUGCAAAAGCCGCGUUCGACAUUCAUCAAAUCCUGCAACUGUACAGGCAACACUUUUGCUUCAAGACAGCGCCAUACUUCAUCUCGUAUGCUACAUAUGUGAGCGCUACAAUACACGUUCGGAUGGCUGCGCAGAAACGCCCAGGCUGGCAAGCCCACUCAUGUCUACGAACUUGUUUGGAGAUCUUAUCUAUACAGCAAACCUGGUGCCACGGUCCAAAACGAACCAUGGGUAUUUUGCUCGGCACCAUGCGGCGCUUGGGGGUUAGUGUUGGUGACUUUGCUGCAAUUGAACCGACAAGUUGUGCGGCUGAAGAGAUACAAGAUGCUGACAUGGAAAGUCGGGGGCCUCUCAGUGUUGCAACUACGAAUCAACCCCAAGGCACAUUAGACCUUGAACAACCACUGCCUAAUCCAACUUUUACGAUGCCUGCAGACUUUGAGGUACAUCCGAAUCUAGAACUGACUGAUUUCGACGUCGACCAGUUCAUGCAAAGUUUUGUGAUCAAUGACCCUACAUCUUCACAGCAAGCUACACUACUUCCCGAUGAAAAUCCCCCAUUUGGGUUCGUCGGUUGUGCAAUGGGAGAUGGACAAUUCUUGAAUCAAGACGUGAUGGGUUUCGAUAGCUUAUUUGGCUUUGGCUCUGAUGUAUUUUAG